GUGUCUUGGAACCCAAGAAACGACGGCAAAUCUACAAAUACCUCGAAGCCAAGGCACAGGGGCGACAAAGGAGGACGAAGAAGGAAGCAGGAGUAGCCAUGAGGGGAGGAACGGAGGCGUUUCCUGAUCUCGGAGAGCACUGCCAACACGAAGACUGCAAUCAGCUCGACUUCCUGCCCUUCACCUGCCAUGGCUGUAAAAAGGUCUUCUGCUUGGAGCACCGGAGCUACGCAGCUCACGUCUGCCCAAAGGCGGACCACAACAGCCGAUUCGUGGUGGUGUGCGAGGCCUGCUCAAUGUCCAUGGAGAAGCGGGCGGGCGAGGAGGAGAAGGCCGCGCUGGAGCGGCACGAGAAGUCGGGGUCCUGCGACCCGAGCAAGAAGAAGAAGCCUAGGUGCCCCGUGAAACGCUGCAAAGAGGUUCUGACGUUCUCCAACAACAGCACUUGCAAGGUCUGCAACCAAAGCGUCUGCCUCAAGCACAGGUUCCCUUCCGACCACGCCUGCAAGCCGCCGCCUCGAUUGCCAACCAGGUGCGGGAUGGAUUGCGGAGACUGGAAGGGCAACGUCUCUACGCGUUCAUCCGUAAAAGCCUGCUGACAUAUCUCUGCCGUCCAUGAUUCGAUCCGUAGGACCUCAAGCGAGACAAAAAUGCACGUGUAUCUAUUUUCUAAUUUGUAUUUAAUUGUUUAUUUUUAAGUUGUCUCUGUUCAACAAAAGAUUGGUUUUUA